AUGACAAUCUCUGCCAAUGUGCGUAAAGAGCUCUUUGAAAUGACAAAUAGUGAGGGUAAACUCAUUCGCAUUAAGCCUACAGAAGCAAAAGCAGGCACGACAGUCUACUCAUCGAAACAAAGUCAACCGCUUAAAAUGUGGACACAGGAAGAACAUGAAAAGUUUCUAGAGGCGAUGGAGAAAUAUCCUGCAGGACCAUGGAAAGUCAUUGCUGCUUUCAUUGGCACGAAAACAACGAGACAGACGAUGACACAUGCACAGAAAUACCGUCAAAAGAUCAGUCGUUGGCGACGUGGACUUCGUCACAAAGGACGCAGACAGACAGGAGACGAUGGCUCACAGCAUUGUGAGGUUGAUGUACACGAGUACGCGACAAAGACUAACCUUUUCCAAUCGAUUGAAUACGUGUCAAAUGAUGACAUGGGGAAUCGUUUUGGCAGUGACAAUGCACAUUUGUCCAUAUGCUCCACACGAGGCUUACUGACGGACGUUCUAGGACAAGAUGCGCCACGCAAUGAGCUCUUUCGAUUGGCAGAGAUUGCAUCCAUUGAAGUAAUGAAACAAGAGCCCGUGCCGGUGCCUACUAUGCCAUCGUCUCCACCUGAUGUCGAGAUGGCUGAUAUGUCAAGUCCCGUGGCGAUUAAAAAGUGUUUUGAGGAAGGUGCGGCUCGUGCUUCAGUGGAAUUUAGUGACAAAGUUUGCAAGAUGGAGUGGGAUAACAAUCAAAGUGUGUUCAUCCAACCAAGUCCUGAGUGGUGCAUGCAGAAGACUGAGGUGCGUCUCAGUGCACUGCGGGCGUCUCCUGACGGAAGCCCUUUUCCGAUUCGUAAGUUCGGUGGUGUGCUCAAUGCUGUGACUGAAAUGAGUUACCAGAAUGCACAAAACCGCCUGCCUCUACCGCUGGCAUCCACGUCCAUCCACAGCAUCCCCAUGCGUAUUACAGGAGUGGAAGAGCAGAAAAUGCAGCAGCAACAGCAGUGUGGUGCUGGCACUUUCCGUCUACCUCCGCUGAAUAUUGCAAGUGCUCAAGCUCCUAACGUUUACUCAAUACCACCGCUGCGUUCAAAGAUCGAUCCGAGUGUAUUGAACAGCCAAGCGUACUACAUGUCCAUAAACUAA